AUGCUAUAUGAUAUUAAAAAGCAAAUAAAUAGGAAAAAACAUUACAGGAAAAAACCCUCAUUAGAAAUUUUGGCUAAAAAUUUCCAGGAAAAAACCCCUAGUGAUGUUAGGUACCCAAAAAAAUUGCAGGAAAAAACCCCAAUGGUGGUAAAAUCCUGGAAAAUUCCAGGAAAAAAACCCCUGACUCACCCCCAUUAUUUUUUAUGUAAAAAGUUUUGAUAUAAGUUAAAUGUUUCUUCUUAA